GUUAGUUUUAAAUGGUAUGUGGAUUUGCAGAUUUAAUUGUUUUAUAUGAUUUGUAACUGAACAUGUGCUGGAUUUAAAUUCUUGUUUAGAAUGAAGCUUGGAAGAAUGGAUGAGCUUGUAUUUGCAAUUGAGGAACAGCAUGGCUGGGAUAAAUUGUUCCGAGAAAUAAAAGCUACUUCGGCUGCCUAUGAUUUAUCUUGCAGGGCUGCCAGGUCUCAAGAAAACCGAACCAGGAACCGGUACAGAGAUGUCAGCCCAUACGACCACAGUAGAGUAAAACUAGUGGGUGGGCAGAAUGAUUAUAUAAACGGCAAUCUUGUGGAAGUGGAGUCUAUUGGUAGAUCUUAUAUCCUGGCACAAGGUCCUUUACCCAACACAUCAGGACAUAUGUGGCAAAUGAUUUGGGAACAGAAUUCAAAAGCAGUAAUCAUGUUGAAUAAGAUAAUUGAAAAAGGAACCACAAAAUGUGACCAAUAUUGGCCGAUUAAUCCAAUUCAACCACUUUGCUUCCUAGAAGAUGGAUAUGAAGUUGCACUUUUAAAUGAAAAAGACAACAUGAACUAUAUUGUACGAGAAUUAGAGCUUCGAAAGCUUAAAUCAAGUGAACCACCUAGAAUUAUCUACCAAUUUCAUUACAUCGCAUGGCCCGAUUUUGGCGUACCAGAGUCACCCACUGCUUUUUUAGAUUUCCUUGCUUGUGUAAGAGAGCAUGGUGUGCUUGAUUCUAAUGUUGGACCUCCAGUUAUCCAUUGUAGUGCAGGGAUUGGCAGGUCUGGUACAUUCGCCCUCGUGGAUACAUGCCUUGUGUAUCUUAAAAUGGGGUUGCCCUUUGAUGUCAGAGAAAUUUUGCUAGAAAUGCGAAAAUACCGCAUGGGGUUGAUACAGACACCACAGCAGCUUCGGUUUAGUUACCUCGCCAUUGCUCAAUGCGAGAGAAUCUUGAAACAGGUUACCCAUAGCAACGACGAGAGUGAGAAUUCUAUUUCUUCCACAUCUGAGAGCGAAGGGGAGGAAGAGGAAAAAGAGGAAGAGCCCAAACAGGAGGAUCAAGCUCCAGAAGAAACACCUCCUGAAGAAUCAGAUCCUGAAGAACCGAAAGAGAACAACAGGAAAAGACAUGCAGAGCCCGAACAUUCAGUAGAAGAAAAAAGGGGAAAGCAAGAAAAUAAUAUUCCAGAAGCAACUCCAGCCGAGCCUGUUGUUCUCGAAAAUAACAAUGUUAAAGAAGGAUUACGGCAGCGAACAGUGGCUGAAAAAAAAGCCGAACUGAAAGAACGGAUUGAGAAAAUUAAAUCCAAUAUGAAAGAAAGUGAAAACCAAUCGCCGUGGAAACGUUAUAUUAUUGGUGGUAUUAUAGCAACUGUUGUUGUAGGAUUUGCAGUUCGUUAUUGGUACGGUUGAAGCUACACUUGUUCUAUUUAGGUUGUUGCAUUUCCAGACACUGCUGUGACUUUUAACACUUUUUAUUUUCCCUGUGCUUGAACGAAUUCUUAAAUUCUAGCAAAACAAAAUCAAAUAAACAAGCACGGUUGUUGUACAAAUAAAUCCUUGAUUACUCAGCAAAUGGUUAAGAACCUACAAUAGUCAUAAAGGCAGUGUGCUACCUCUAAAUCCAUGCAUAUACACGGUCAAAAAGCACGACUUUUAUAUCUGAAUCUGCAUAUUGCUUCAAUAGAGAAAUGGGGUAGCAAUCAAUCAUACAAAUAAUGUAUGCUUGACCGACCAAUAGUUUUAAACCGAAAUAAGUUAAAACACCCCAAUUUUGUUAACUGGCCACCAAAACCAAAUUUGUGUUGAAUUUUUACUCUUUCUUGUUACUCAUGUAGCGUUUAUUUUACGAUUUGUGUAUAUAUAAAUUUCUUGCACUCAAAAA